AUGUCAACGUCACGAAAGUUAAUUAUUGAAAAAUUUAUUAUUGCUGUCAAUGAUCCGAAACUUCCUGAUCUGGACAGCGUUCUCGAGAACGAUGUACAAAAAACAUUAAAUUCCAAAAUUGUUUACAACAAUAUUCAGGAAGCUCAAGAAUAUUAUAUUAAAGAACUAGAUGGUGAAUCAACAUCUCAAUGGACAAUUGUCGAAUGUGAACCAGAGGAUCCUAACAGUAAUACAUUACGUGCUCGAAUUUCACAUAACAAUAAGACAGCUGAUACUGUAUAUACGUUCAGUCCUGCUGAUAAAAUUCAACGUAUAGAUGUCAUUAACUAA